GCUCUCUGCACAGUCUGUCUGUAGUCAAAUGUAGAAGAGAUCCUGAGGCCAAUGCAUACAGCUCCUAGAGCACAUGUAUGGGUGUGUUAUAUAGGAGCACUGACCAUACAACUCAGAGGAGGAAGAAGAUGCCCCUUGAAGUGUAAUGUGACCUGCAUCCCCCGCCUGACAUGGCUGCAGGACAGAACCUUGUGUUUGGAAAGAAAAUAUUCUCUUUGAUGCCUGCUCAUACCAAGGAGCCUCAGCACAAGGAGACAUCCAAACAAGGAGCUGAAGAUUCCUCCCCUGCCUCCUGUGCUGCUCAUCUGACCUGAUCAACAUGGAGGAGACAAACAACACAGAAGAUGGGGAGGACACUUCACAGCAGAGCCCUAACAUGCUCUUCUUACUCAUCCUGGUGUUCUUCAUCAUGGGACUUGUAGGUUUUUUCAUCUGUCAUAUUCUUAAGAAGAAAGGCUACCGAUGUCGAACGUCACCCGAGGAAGACUAUGUGAUAAAGAGUGAUUCAAAUAGUGAUCAAGAAAUUCCGGAAGAGAUGUCCAAUGAAGAUACUGUAGAACGUAUAGUAAAAUGCAUUAUUGAGAACGAAGCAAAUGCAGAAGCACUUAAGCAGAUGUUGGGCGAGACUGAAGGGGAUGUUCAAAUUGGUCCCAGUUUAUGCCCGCACCGUGAAAGCCAAGAUGCCGGACCUCCUCAUCACCAUACAGUACACCUUGGAUCAAUGCAAGCCCCUUGUAUUCAUUGUUCACGCAAAAAGAGAAGCCUGUUACAUCGAAUGGGCCGGUCAAAGGACAGCAGAGGAAAGGCACAUCCAGGGGAGGUCACCGUAUUCUCUGUUGGAAGAUUCAGAGUUACUCAUAUUGGAAAGAAAACCAGUAUUCAAGGGUCUCAGGAUGACCCCAACAUCUCCAGUGAUCCCAUUUCUUUUGACAAAGAUACAGAUGACCAAACGGAGAAAAAGACUAAAAACGGUCUCGGCAUACAUCAACAUUUCGAGACACAAGAGGUCUCACAAAACGGACCAGAACUAGUGGGAUUGGCCAAAACGGAAGUCAAAGAUACUGUGAACAGCAUCAGUGGACAUAAGCUUAUACAAGAGAAGGUUGUUGAAAGAGGUGUAUACAAGGGCAAAGGGUCCAAAGACAGAAGGAGUAGUGCUCCAGAACAGACAGCUGUCCAGCGGGAAAGGAUAGACAUGUCUCAAUUAAGAGGACGCGACCAGCAAAAAGGAAGAAGCUCAGAACAAUCAGAAAAGCAGGCAAACAAAGAAGACUCCUCGAGGGAGCAAUGAUAUUCGUUUUUCACGUAGCGCCGGAGGCAACUGGUACAAUAUAUGAGAAGAGACAAGGAACUGGAAAUACAGGAGUUGUUGCAGCAGGUCCCGAGCAGCCGAAGCGCUGUAUAGGAUUACUGUACAUUGCAAAAAGAAAUACUACAAAUGGACUUAUAAAGAGGCGGAGCUUUGUUUUUUCUUAUUUUUUUUUAUUUUUUUUUUGGGUGGGGGGGAAUGAUCACAAUUUUUUUGUGGUUGUAAACCCUUAAGGGGAGAUUUAUCAAAACCUGUCCAGAGGAUAAGUUGCCCUGUUGCCCAUAGCAACCAAUCAGAUCUCUUGUUUCAUUUUUAACAAGGCCUCUGCAAAAUGAAAGAAGCGAUGUGAUUGGUUGCUAUGGGCAACUGGGCACCUUUUCCUGUGGACAGGAUUUGAUAAAUCUCCCCCUUACUGUAUAUAUUGCUAAUUAAUUCGCUGUUGUGUAUACUGAAUCUAAGUGUUUGUGAUUAUCCAGUAUUCUAGCUACAACAAAAGGGCCACUGCAUAAGGCUCUAUUCACAUUUCAGAGCCCACACCGGUACAGUAUAGUCCAAUGUGACCUUAUUCCCACGGAGUGUCCUUUACACGUGUUGUACUGUUUUUGACUGUCGAUAAAGUUAUGGUCUACUGUGCUUUUUAGGCAAGAAGGGAAGAAUAUGCAAAGCAGCCCUCACACUACUGUGGUUUUCCCUAAAGUCAAUGUUUCACUCCAGCUAGAAGUCUUGGAAACUGACUGGGAAUGUAUGCCAAGCCAGAGAUCUCUCCAGAAGGAAAGAAUAUCACCUGCAGACGGCUGUUUCGGAAUGACAAUAAUUGUCUGUACAGAGCAGGGUGUUGGCUCGCUAGUGAGAGAGAGGCCUGUCAUUGUGGGUCUAAAGGGAUAAGGUCCCAUGCCUAGAAGUACAGAAAAACUUGCGGAUAGGGGAUACGUUUUAAAUCGUGCGCGUGGGGGGGGGAAUCAGGUUCGGUGCGGGGUGUCUGAUCACUGUGGCCCCCCGCAAUCUCCUGUACGGAGCCCAAGCUCUCACACAGUGUGGCACGUCAUGACCCCUCUAUAUAGCUCCGAGAAUCCGAAGAAAGCCGAAUGGCUUUCCCAUCGAGAUAUUUGGAGAGGUCAUGGUGGACCCCGCUUCAGGUUGGGGUCGUUACGUGCCGCUCUGGGGGAAUGCCGGGGCUCUGUACGGGAGUGUGGUGAACCUUCGAUGUAUGGCGGAACCACGGGUUUAGCGGUGUAGGUGGCAAGAUUUUGUUAACCCCUAGUGUUCGUGAUGCCAGAGUGGUUUUUGGUACCGGAACCACACAAACGGUAUCUCCUCUGUUCCAAUGGCUAGUUAAGGAAAGGAGAGUCCACAACCAGUUAUGGUUUAACGUGGCUUUACUGGGUUCAGACAGAUGGAAUUAUCUUCACAGCUAGGCCAGAUUCCCAGAGAGAAGGCCAGGAACCCAGAAGGACCACGCAGCUUGCUGGGACUUGUAGUUAUUGUAAUUGACUUUAGGUGAUUAUCUUGAGGCUUGACAAUAUGCAGGACUUGACUAUAUGUAGUGACAGCAGACAUAGUCUUUUGACUUACUGGAAUGACUGUAGCUUUGUGGUCUUCCAGAUGCUGGUCACUGAGAUCUCUCGUGGUUGCUGUGCUUAGAAGCAAAUGGAAUCUGAAUCUGAGAGAAAUUGUAAUGGCCGCCCCUUUAUAUAAUGGGGGGCUGGAAUAAGGCCCAUUGGUCAAGCUGCGGGUCAUAGGUUAAGCUGGUGCUCUCUGGGAGAACAUGUGACAAGCAAUCAUGUGGCUGCAUAACAUAACAUGUGACAUUUCACAGGUCCUUGAGACCUAUCUAAACAUUAGGACACUGACUACACAUAAGAUAAGAUAAAUGACAUUAUAGAAACAGCAGGGGAGACCCCAGGUCACUGAGGGACUCAACCUGACAAGGCCUAACUAUAGUGCAAGACCAUGUCCUGUACUGGGACAUUGCAGGAGAUCGCGAGGGGGGCACAGCAGUCUGACCCCCCGCACUCUAAAAACUAUUCCCAAUCCUGCGAAUAGGAGAUUUCCUGUACCUCUAGGCGUGGUACUUAUUCUUUAAGGAGAGUGUAAUAGAGAUGUGUGGAGACCUAUAGGCUAUCUAUGCUUUUUAUAUCCUUCCCCCCCCCCCC